GCGUCUCGCGUAAACACAACUGUACUAAACAGCUCCAAAAAUGUUUUAUUACCAAUUUCAAGUACUAUUUCUCAUGUGUAAAGAAAGUAAAAUAAUAUAUUUCUAAUUAAUUUUUUUUCUAAUUUAUAGUUGUGCAAAAAAAAAAACUCUUGUGAAAGAAAAUAGCGAGUAAUUCAAAGCCCAAAGAACACAAAGUCGCGCGCGUAAACGAACAUAACCUUAACAAAAAUUCAUAUAUGAUUAUACUUUUAGGAAUUAAUUUAUUUAAAAAAUUCGAUAUUUCUCUAAGUUAUAUGUACUAGUGAAUAGAAAAUAAAACAUGAAUACACCUCAGUCAAAUAAGAAGAAAGGUCGCAAUAAAAAUAAAAUUCCACCCACACCCGGAAGUGCAGAAGUUGCAAUAACACAAGAAUCAAGCAAGUUUGUUUUGUUGAACUUGGGUGACGAAGUAAAUAAACCGUUGCGUUUGAAUUUUACCGAUAAAAUAACAGUGAUUUCACAAGAGGAAUUUGAACUUGAGGAGAAAAAUGUGGCAAAAGGUGGUGCAGUUCCUGAUAAUCAUGAUGAUAAAGCAAUUCUCAGCAGUUUGCCUGUUGCUGUUGUUAAGGAAUUAAGUGGCUAUGAAAAUCAUAUUGGCGAAGCUGAACCAUUGCCAAAUAAUUAUGUUAGAUUUAUGGAACGCAGUGGAGAGGAUCUUGAUGGAGAAGUCGAGUACGAUCUAGACGAAGAGGAUUCCGCAUGGCUAUCGAUAGUAAAUGAACGUCGUUUAGCGUCUGGCCUCACACCGCCAAUGGAAGCUGAUACAUUUGAACUUCUCAUGGAUCGUCUUGAGAAGGAAUCAUAUUUUCAACAGCAAACAAAUGGAGGCGGUGGAAUAGCCGCCGAUGAGGAUGCUGUCUGUUGUAUUUGUAUGGAUGGCGAAUGUCAAAAUAGUAAUGCAAUACUAUUUUGUGACAUGUGUAAUUUAGCAGUUCAUCAAGAUUGCUAUGGUGUUCCCUACAUUCCCGAGGGUCAAUGGCUGUGUAGAAGAUGUCUUCAAAGUCCCUCGCGUGCUGUCGAUUGUGUUUUAUGUCCAAAUAGAGGCGGAGCAUUUAAACAAACAGAUCGUCCAGCAACGUGGGCACAUGUUGUGUGCGCCCUUUGGAUACCGGAGGUUCGUUUUGCGAAUACCGUAUUCCUCGAGCCAAUUGACAGUAUUGAAAGCAUCCCUGCUGCACGGUGGCGUUUGACUUGUUGUGUUUGUAAGAGACGCGGUGUUGGCGCUUGUAUACAAUGUCACAAGAGUAGUUGUUAUGCGGCAUUUCAUGUGACUUGUGCACAACAAGCGGGACUUUGUAUGAGAAUGAGAACUGUUCAGCCAACAAGCGGUGAGCCAAUGCUUGUGCAAAAAACAGCAUUUUGCGAAACGCAUGCACCGUCUGAUUAUCAACCGUCAACGAGUCCUGCUGAUGCAAGACGACGUGCAAUCGCAAAUAAGAAGAGUUCAUCAGCGCCUGUUAUUUCAAUUCCCACAAUUCCACCGGAGAGAAUUCGAGAAAUUGCCAGCUUGGCUGAAGGUCUUCCAAAGAGAAGUCAAUUAAUUCAACGUUUAAUAGCAUAUUGGACGUUGAAGAGACAAUUUCGAAAUGGUGUUCCACUUUUGCGACGAUUGCAAAGUACUCAUCCACAUUCGCGACCACCUCCACUCGGUGGUUCAAUAUCACCGGCUCCUGAUGGUGAAUUACGCGAUGAAAUGUAUCGACAAUUGAAAUAUUGGCAAUGUUUGCGACAGGAUCUUGAACGCGCGAGAUUACUCUGCGAAUUGGUGCGCAAACGAGAGAAACUUAAAAAGGAAUUAUUCAAAGUGAAAGAAAAGUGCCUUUGGUUCCAGCUUCGACCUUUGGAAAGUGUAUUGAAAAUGUUAUUGGAAGCAAUGAAAGCGCGUGAUACAAAUGACAUUUUUGGCCAACCAGUUAAUACAAUUGAGGUGCCCGAUUAUUUGGAUAUUGUUUCACAGCCAAUGGAUUUAUCAACAAUGGAGGCGAAAAUUGAUAAACAAGAAUAUGAUUCACUAAGUGCUUUUGAAUCGGAUUUUAUGCUUAUGGUAAAUAAUUGUCUCGCCUAUAAUCGUAAGGAUACAAUGUUUUAUCGUGCUGGAAUAAAAAUGAAGGAACAGGGAAAUAUUUUAUUUGAACAAGCGCGCAAAGAUUAUCCCGAAUUGGAUAUUGUUGUUGGUGAAUCUGAGAAAUCGAUACAAAAAUCAACAUCAAUAACUACAUCGACAACAACAACGGCAACAACAACAGCAACGACCACAUCCUCAUUAACGUCAUCGACAUCGCGUAAACGUGAUCGCAAUAGUCGUACACGUGUUGAAUCUGAAUCGCAGACAAAUGAUAAAGAAGUCACCGCUGCUGCAACUGGCGUUAAUCGUCGUACUGCUGUGCUUUUCACGCGUAAAGCAAGAGCGCGAGCCAAUCGAGGAACAGUCACGAGUCAAGAGAACGAUCAGAAAAAAGCCACUGAUAGCUUUCGAGUUUAUAGGAGUGGAAUGAUGGACAGUGACAUGGGAGAAGGCGAGAGUCAAUCGUCAAGUUGCAGCAGUUGUUCGACAAGUCGCUCAACAACACCCGAUGUUGGCGAUGCAGAUGGAAUGGAAAAAAUUGAAACUAAACAAUCAAUUAAAGAUGAGGAUAAAAUGCAAAUUACAUCAUUCACUGGCCUCGAGGCAUUGCAACUUGUUUGGGCAAAAUGUCGCGGUUAUCCAUGGUAUCCAGCUUUAAUAAUUGAUCCAAAUACACCGCGUGGAACAAUUCACAAGGGUGUUCCAAUUCCUGCUCCUCCCGACGAUGUUCUUGCGUUGAAGGACAAUUACAAGGAUCCCGUGUUUCUUGUUUUAUUUUUCGACACCAAGAGAACGUGGCAAUGGUUACCGGGUGAAAAAUUGGAGAAACUUGGAGUAUCACAGGAAUUGGAUGAGGCAAAAUUAAUUGAAUCGAGGAAACCAACGGAUAGAAAAGCAGUGAAGAAGGCUUAUCAAGAGGCUCUACAUUAUCGUAAACAAACACAUAAUACGGCAUUGAGUGUCGCAACAACGAGCUAAGAAUUUAAUUCAAAACUUUCUUUCUUUCUUUUUUAAUAUUUCUUUAUUAUAUAAAAGUAAGACUUGCUAUUAUUAAUUUAGUAUUUAAAUAUUCCAUUGUUUUUUUUUACACAAACUGCGAUUUUUCUCUAAGAAAACAAAAAAAAAAUUAUUUAUUUCAUUUGUGAGAAAAUCGAAGUUCUUACAUUUGUUUCUUUUAGAAUUGUAGAUUAGUUUAAAUCUAAUUUUCUUUUGGAAUUAGAAAUGAUUCUUUUUUUAUUAUUCCAUUUUUGCGAAAUAAAGACCAAUAAAAUCGA